CAUCAUGUAUCUUAUCUAAAAUUUUAAAUUUUUGUGCAUGCAUUAACACCUAACACGGAAGUUAGAAAACCACAAUAAUCAAGUUCAUUCACCUAAGCAAAAACAUUUAACUUGCACACUAUAAAAAUCCCUACCAUCCCAUUCAUUGUUCAUAUAAGCAUAAACAUACAACCUUCCAGAAACAUUCAGCCACAUGAAUGAGGAGAAUUAAGUUUUCGUUAGAUUCCAUUUUUUCAGAAAAUUGCAUCCAGUCAUGCCUUUAUUGUUUCAUCCCCAUCAGUGUAUAUUCUGUAACAUUUAUCUUAUAUAUAUGCUUUCGAGUUCAAAAAUUGUAUUGAGUUACUUUUUAUUUGUGGCAUGAAGGACUCAGGAUCAUUUCUUGAGAGAAGAGUUACUGGAUUACGUAGAGUAAGGAUACUAAACAAAAAUGAUGCGAAGAUUUCACAGACUAUACAUGGGAUACCAGCUAAUUCCAUGCAAUAAUUUCAUGGAGGUUGGGCUGUCAGGAGAGAAAUUAAAUAUUCACACAGAACAAGGGUCAAGUAAUAUUCAAUGGAGAAGGUUUGGAAACUCUAAUCAUCAAAGACUCACAUGGUACAAGACUCAAUUUGAUGCACCCAAAGGAAAUGACCCUGUUGCAUUAAACCUUGGUUCUAUGGGAAAAGGGGAAGCUUGGGUUAAUGGACAAAGUAUUGGGCAAUAUUGGGUCUCAUUUCUUACCCCAGAAGGGAGUCCUUCACAAACAUGGUAUGCCUUAGAACUUAUGUUUGGUACUUUUGUUUGAAUACUUAAAAUAACAAUACAAGCGAUUAAUUAGUAACAAUACACAUACAACUAUUGUCACUGAGCAAUAAAAUGCAAUUUUUCGUUUGUACUUAAUAGUAAAAAGGAAGCCAUUAGUUCUAUGCUAAAAAAUUAAAAAUUUGGUCUUCCACCUUUACUCUUAUUUCAAACCCAUUCUUAUACAGUAAAAUAUUUCUUCAUACUUUCAGUCGUCAAAGUGACCUUGGCUUCAUGAAUUUCAUUUACUAUAUAUGUCAACAUUUUU